AUGAAGCUCUCCCUCAUUUCCUCGUUUCUCUUCCUCGCCGCUAUUGUCAACGCUGCCGAUAACGUCUACAAGCAGAUGUGCUACGAAACCUGUGUUCACACGACUUGCCAGGGCACGAAUGUCAACACCCCUUGCGAGGUUACCUAUGCCGGAACAUACGUCCAUGUCAACUACCGACCUCGCAACGACGCUAAUGAUGCGGUCCAUGCGUCUAUCUGUGUGAUGGCCCCUCUGGCUGAGCGCACAUUUAACAGGGCCAACUUCAACUGCCAGCUAUCUCAGGGUGUUACCUAUUAG